AUGGGAGGUCCGAGAGCAGCACCAUUUACAACACUACUACGGAAGGAAUCAACCUUCAGAUUCGAGUCAGGUCGAGUAGUAGUCCCUCACAGGACCAAGCAAAGGGCUGAGGAUGCUUCCUUCAAUAGCGACUUAUAUCUAGGUGUUGCUGACGGUGUGGGCGGUUGGAUACUGGAAGGUGUCGACUCUGGCGAGUAUAGUAGACUGUUGAUGCAUAAAAUAUGCAACGAAAUACGAAGCUAUGAAAGGGCUCUAUUGAGGGACGAGAGUGGUACCAGAGCUAGGUGUCCGGACCCAGUCUUGGCCAUGACCAGGGCUGCAAGGCAUAUCAAUCUGUUGGGUUCAUCGACAUGUCUGCUUGCUUUCCUCGAUCCCGAUACCGGUAUCCUUAACUCUGCCAACGUGGGUGAUUCAGCGUUGAUGGCCUAUCGUCCAGGGACCUCAUUGGCCUAUCGGAGUGAAGAGCAGACCUUCGCGUUCAACGCUCCCUAUCAGCUGGAUAGGAACCAACGCAUAUCGUCUCCUCUCCGACUUGCCCAAAAAACAAAGACACGCCUAGAGGAAGGAGAUAUGGUUGUUCUCGCCAGCGAUGGUCUUUGGGACAACGUUUUUAACAAGGAUGUGAUGCGUGUACUUGAAGAGCAGCAGGACGACGUCCAUGCAGCCGCAAAAGAGCUAGCCAUUAUGGCGGUUACUAACGGUCGGAAUAGGAAAUACGCCUCCCCGUUCUUCCGUAACGCCCUGUCACAGGGGAACUUCGUCGGACUUGGAGGGAAAGAGGAUGACGUUACAGUCGUAGUGGGUAAGGUGACUCGAACGUCGUCAGAGUCUCCUUCCGACGCAAUCGCUGAUAUCGACGAGAGUGAGGCUGAGAUGCGAUUGUAAUGUUUCAACUCCGUCCGGCUACUUCACUGUCUCGUAUGCUUGCCGUUAAUCCACUGAAUCGCUGCUAGAUUUGUCACUCUUUCGGCUGU